GGACGUGACAGUCCCACGGGCUCCUGCGGGUCCCUGUCUCCAGCGUGGCCUUUCCCUAGGCAGCGUGAUUAAGAAAAAAAAUAUUAAACGAUGCUUAUAAAGGAGUUGUGGUUUUCGUAAACGAGCUGCCAGACUGGAGUAACACAAUGGAUAGCAGCAUGCAGUGGAUUAUUACAGACAACCAUGGUCCAAGGCCAAUGUAGAAGGAUGCUCUAUGGUAUUUUCCAGAGACGCAAGACUGGCCGAUUCCCACUGUCUACUGAGCGUGUUGGAUUGUCUCAAGCCAGUGGAGCCAUUACACAGCAAAACAGAUCGUUUUACAAUACAAAUAAGCAUUUUUCUGCAAAAGAUUCCUUGCAGCCAUCUGAAGAGAAAGUGGGUGCCUUCACAAGGAUAAUAGAAGCAAUGGGCUUCACAGGACCACUGAAAUAUAGCAAAUGGAAAAUUAAGGUAGCAGCUCUGCGCAUGUACACGUGCUGUGUGGAGAAAACUGACUACGAGGAAUUUUUUAACAGGUGCCAUAUGCCUGAUACUUUGAAUUCAUGGUUUCUAGUAGCCCAGCUUCAUGUCUGGAUGUGUCUGGUACGAAUGAAGCAGGAGGGUCGAUCAGGAAAAUAUAUGUGUCGCUAUAUAGUUCAUUGUAUGUGGGAGGAUGUUGAACAGCGUGGUAAGGUGAUGGGGAUUAAUUCUACUGCUCUAAAAGAAGAUUUGAGAAGUAUGGUAGAAAAUUUCUAUGCAGCUCUGUUUGGAUAUGAUGAGGGAAUCUUGUGUGAUGAUCACGUUCUGGCAGCAGCCCUUUGGAGAAACCUUUUUAACAGGAACUGUGAGGACCCUAGGCAUCUGGAGUUACUCGUAGAGUACGUGCGCAAACAGGUGCAGCACCUGGACGCCCUGAGCGGGGAGGAGCUGCUGCUGACGGGCGAGGUGAACUGGCGCCCCCUCGUGGAGAGCGACGCCCGCAGCAUCCUGAAGCCUCUUUCCCCGGUCUACAACGAUGAAGGACUCUGAGAGCGUUGUCGCUUCGCCCCGGGAUCGGCUUCUCAGAUCGGCUUGGGAAACUUGCCUCCGAUGAAACUGGUCUGGUGUGCUGGGGUCAGGAAGGGAAUAGCUGCUGUUGAAAGAAUAUGUUUAAAUAGAUGCCCUGUCUGCGGUGGCUCGAUAGCAAAUUGGACAGCUGUACUCUGCUGAAUAUUCAUCUGUGAUUAAAUGCUUAGUUGGUUUGAGAACCUUUGUCGUUGUAAUGGCACUGACUGGUCCUUGCAGACAAAUUCCAACCAGACGUUUUACCAUGAGUUAUAGUUCUCUCAAGAAGACAUAUCUGUACUUUGCCUCGUUUGGAGAGCUGCUAGGUACAGACACAGCGGUGUUCCUCUGCUCACAGAAUGGUGUUGAACACAAAUCUGAGCUUUGCUUAUUAGAUGUUAAUAUAUUCCAAAAGCCUGACAUUAAGAUAGAAUGGCCCAUUUUUGCUUUAAUAGAGUUGUGAAUUGCUUUAACAGAUUCUAAAGGAUUUUCCAUGAAAAUUCUUCUUAGGAACUCUGCGCUGUUGCACAAGGAUAUGAGGAUGUAAAGAACAAUGUGCCGUUCCCACUAAUCCUCUAUGACUAGCCAUCCUAAUGAGAAUAAAGUGUGAAACAUGGCUGGGCUGUCACUAAAAGCUACCUCAGAGUACUUGGUAUUUCAGAGGAGCUCUGCCUUGCUGAUAUUUCCACAUUCUUUUUAGAGCUGUGUUCUAGUUAUUCCUUUAGGAAAAUAACAUCCCCAUUUCUGGCCAUGGCUAUUCAUGGGAUGGGACUGUGCUAUCCCCCACGCCCAAAGCAGUGGUCCAGAGCUUUUUAACAAGACCUGUCAACCCCAGUUAACACUUUACACAGAUGGGCAGGCAAAUUACCCCUACGUGAUAAUUAUGAGCGCAAUUGCACCACUGAUUAAAUCAGCAGAGGCUAAGGUGUGCUGGGUAGGUGGAUGGUUUACUAGGCUAUUUCCAGGUCAGUGACAAAGACUGUCUUCAUUUCUCUCAUGUCUAAAAUACUAAUCCAUAAUAAAUGUCAGUCUGGAUAAA